AUGUCCGAAACUUCUACACCUAUCUCCGACUCUACCACUUAUAGGAAGCCUAAUAUGAGCCGAUGUAUUAAGUUUCUUCUUCAGUACAUUCUUCAGAAAUAUAUUCUUGUGGCUAUCGGUGUGGUGAUGACAUUGGUGAUUCUCUAUGGAAUUAAUGAGAUCAUCAAGCUCACUACAAUUGACUUUCCAGCAUCGGUGUGUCUCAUGCUUAUAGUGUUCUUUCUCUUGUCAUUAAGUUCCUGGUUAAAAGGCGAAGACUUCACAGAGAAAUACUUCUUAAAAUAUAUUGAUAUCCCCUUCGGAUUCAAUCUAAGGUGGAUGAAUCUUUAUUUCACUCCACCCUUUGUCACUCUAGUCCUCGCUGAUAAGGUGACUGUUCAAGAAGCCUUUAUUAUUGCUGCAGUAUUCAUUUUUGGCUACAUAAUUGGCUUUGCAUUCGUCGGUUACUUAGUUUGGGGAUUGCAAGUCGUUCUGGGAACUUACGAUCAUCAAAAGGAACCUUCAACAGCUGGUAACGACAGUGAAAAGGAAGGUUCAACUAAUAAUCAAUCUCACCAAGAACAUUUGUCUCCCUCUUUGGGGGAUUCAGGAGACAGUAUCGUAUCUUAUGAGAUAGAUCCCGAUGAAUUCUCGGAUGUUGAUCAAGGCAAUCAGCUUAAUGAAGGUUAUGCUCUCUCCGCAGUUAGUACCAGGCUUUCAACUGCUACUGCAAUGGCUGCCAGUAUAACGAAUCAAGAGAGUCAAUUGGACCCACGUUAUUUAGAGAAGUUCACUUUGACGUUUGAUUUCGCUGUCUAUUUGUUGCUUUUCAUAGUUGGUUUGCCGAUCUAUUUUUGUACUGGCUACGAGAUGAUAGUCCAAUUAGCUGUGGCGGUCUUGUUGUUCAAAGCUUGCCUUUUGCCUCCACCAAAAAUCAAAAAAUACCUUCAUCCCAUCUUGGUAAGCUUCUCCUUGAGUUUGUUGGUCUACUACAUAUUGUCCCUCAUAAAAAAGCAAAACUUCAAGCAGACCAUUUCCAAUUACGAGAGCGGCCGUAAAUAUACUCAGCUCUUCAACAACGAACAGUUCUCGAAAUGGCCCGGGGCCGGUGACAUUCUAUUGUCUCUUAUGGAUAUAUCGAUUGUCGCACUUUCUUUGGCUAUGUACAGGUACAGAAAGGAUUUGAGAAGGUACUUUUUUGCAUUAAUGCCUGUUAUUAUAGUAUUUUCGUUUAUGUCGCUUCUCAUCUAUCCUCCUCUCUGUUACCAUUUGAGUAUAUCGCCUGAACGAUCACUUGGUUUUACUGGAAGGUCUGUUACAAUGGCUCUUGGUAUACCGUUGGUUCAUUCUUUGGGAGGCAGUGAGCAAUUGAUGGCAGUGACUACCAUUCUGUCUGGUAUUUUGGGUGUCUUUUUGGGAGACUGGAUCUCGUUCACACUACUUAGAAUACGGAAGGCAGAUUUUGUAUCUAGGGGAGUUACUCUCGGUGUCAAUUGCGGUGCUGUGUCUACUGCUCAUUUACUUAGCGUCGAUCCAAGAGCUGCAGCCAUGAGCUCGCUUAGUUUCACAUUAUUUGGUACCCUUAUGGUUAUAUUGGCUGCAAUUACACCCUUGGUUAAAGUGGUAAGGGAUUUGGUUGGUUUAUAG